UGCACCUUCCACCCCUGCUUCCGAGGAGUACGCUGCGUGAAUCUGACUCCAGGUUUCAGAUGUGAUUCCUGCCCCAUUGGCUUCACAGGACCAAUGGUGCAGGGGGUGGGGGUCACGUUUGCCAAGACACAUAAGCAGAUCUGCUCUGAUAUUGAUGAGUGUAGAAAUGGAGCCUGUGUCCCCAAUUCUAUUUGUAUUAACACUGUGGGAUCUUAUCAGUGUGGCCCAUGUAAGUCUGGGUUCACUGGAGAUCAGAUCAGGGGAUGCAAAACUGAACGAAACUGCAAAAACCCAGAACUGAAUCCGUGCAGUGUGAAUGCCCAGUGUAUUGAGGAGAGGCAGGGAGGUGUGACCUGUGUGUGCGGUGUUGGUUGGGCUGGUGAUGGAUUCAUCUGUGGAAAGGAUGUCGACAUUGAUAGUUACCCCGACGAGGAACUGCCAUGCACUGGAAGGAAUUGCAAAAAGGAUAACUGCAAAUAUGUGCCAAACUCUGGUCAAGAAGAUGCAGAUAGAGAUGGCAUCGGAGAUGCUUGUGAUGAAGAUGCUGAUGGGGAUGGAAUCAACAAUGAGCAGGAUAACUGUGUCCUGACUCACAACGUUGACCAGAGAAACAGCGACCAAGAUAUCUUUGGAGAUGCUUGUGAUAAUUGUCGAACCGUCAUAAAUAAUGACCAGAAAGAUGCUGAUGGGGAUGGAAAAGGAGAUGCCUGUGAUGAUGACAUAGAUGGAGAUGGAAUUAAGAAUAUUUUGGAUAACUGUCAAAAAGUCCCCAACCGAGACCAAAGGGACAAAGAUAACGAUGGUGUCGGGGAUGCCUGUGACAGCUGUCCUGAUGUCAGCAACCCUAACCAGUCCGAUGUGGAUAAUGACCUGGUCGGGGACUCCUGUGACACCAAUCAGGACAGCGAUGGAGAUGGACACCAGGACAGCACCGACAACUGCCCCACCGUCAUCAACAGCUCCCAGCUAGACACAGAUAAGGACGGGCUGGGAGACGAAUGUGAUGAUGAUGAUGACAAUGACGGAAUCCCAGACCUCGUCCCUCCAGGCCCUGACAACUGCAGACUAGUCCCCAACCCAAGCCAGGAAGAUGUCAAUCGUGAUGGUGUGGGGGAUAUCUGUGAAACAGACUUUGACCAAGACCAGGUCAUUGAUCGGAUUGAUGUGUGCCCUGAGAAUGCUGAGGUCACCCUGACAGAUUUCAGAGCCUACCAGACUGUUGUCCUGGACCCUGAAGGUGAUGCCCAGAUUGAUCCUAAUUGGGUGGUUCUGAACCAG